AUGGAGCUUUCUUCAAAUCAAAAGCCAGAUAUAUCAGGAAGAAAGCAUAGAUGCCCCGGGAUUCCGUCUGAGAUUACAGAGGCAUUUCAAUAUUCUCCAUUAGCAUCACUCGUUAGCUUAGAGCCAUUAUUGCAAACGAUUCCGCAAUUGAAAGUGAAGUCAUGUGUAGAAUCGUUAUUAAAACUGUCAGACAGAGAGAAACAGAUGCUAGAUAUGCAGCUUGAAAGUUGCAAUGGUUUAGGACCUGAUAAAGAUAGUAAAAUGCCUUCUUCAGUAUUACAAGAGAUAUUAGAGCCAUUAAAGGGGAUACAAAUAAGUAAAUGGUCAUUUAAGGCACCAGGAAAGAUAGAACGUUAUAUGACAGAAAAUCAGGCGGAACCUUCUAGAUUAGAUGUAUUUUCACGUGUAUUGGUUGAUAAAUGCACUGUAGAUAUCAUAUAUCCAUCACCAGUGACACCGACAGCGCAUACAGGCCGAUUAAAAGAGGAAUUUAUCUCAGAUAAAGAGGGUUUCUUUGAAAAAACAACGGUUGGGUUUGAUUCGGAGGAAAUUGUAGAGGAAAAUGUACAAAAAGAGUCUAUAUCAGUACAACCAUUAACACCACAAUCAAAUAUAAUACCAUGCACACCUACAUCUAAAAAUAAUACACGAAAAAUGCAAUUGUCUGGUGGAUGCACGAAUAAAUCGAAGAGAUUUGUUGAUAUUUCAGAGAAAGAUGUAUAUCCUAUUGCUGUAGAUGAUCAAUUGAAGGAGGAAAGUGCAGUAGAUCAGUUACAAAAAUUAAUUCGAUUUAUUUUUGAAGCAGAAGAUGCAAUGGAAUCAGAUGGGUCACAUUUAGAGGUUGAAGAGUCGUAUAUUUCAUGCUGGUGUAAUGGAACGGUAUCUUUUGAUGGGCUUUGCUUAAAUAUGGAAAUGUUAAGUAAGUUGGAUCUUUGUAUUCGAAAAGUUUGUACGAUGGGUUUAAUUAAUACGUUACCUAUUGAUCUAUUACUACGAUUUCAAAAAAUAUGUGCGCGAUCUAUUGAUGAAACUCAAAUUAUAACAUUGACAAAGCAAUCGUUUGAAACAAAUUCGUAUGAAGAAAAUUUAUCUAUAAUUACGAAAAUAGGGAUAUCUGUUUAUUCGAUGACAAUACUAAUGCGGAUUUUAACAUCAGAGCAAUUGAGUAAACAGUUAUAUUCAGAGGAAAUUUUAAUAGAUAUGGCUUAUUUUUUAAAAUCGACGUUAGAUAAUGUCAUAUAUGUCUUGAUUGACUUUGAUGUUUCAAAAAAAUCUGAUGCAUUAAAAUUUAAAAAAUCGUUAAAUAUGAUAUUUUAUAAUGUUAUAAAUAUUAUAGAAUAUUUCUGUCAUUUGAUUAGCCUUAUUGAAAUCCCUGAUGGAGUUAUUACACGUCUUGAAUUUCUUUCUAUUCCUGCUAUAUUUGUUGAAAAUUCGGUUUCGAUUAAAGAUCAAUUAUUUAACAGUCAAGGAAUUGAAGCCUUGAAGGUGGCUUCUAUGGGUAUGAUUCAAUUGAUUCAUACCAAAUAUCCAGAUCAGCGUACGUUUAUAUUAGAUGAAAUUUUAACUGGUCUUGUUAAAUUACCAAUAAAUAAACAUCAGGCACGUAGAUAUAAAUUAAUUGAUGGAAAAUCUAUACAGCUUAUUUCCGCUUUAAUUAUGAAAUUAGUACAGUCAUGUGCUAGUUCAUAUAAGAGCGAUAAAGGAAUGAAUAUAUAUGAGUUUUUAGAGAAAGAUGCUAAUGAUAUGAGAAAUAAUAUUGAUUAUGCCAUGAAUAGUAAAUCUAGUGCGUCUGAACUUUUAGAAAUGAUUUUUGAUGCAAGUUCUCAAUUUAUGGAUUCUGUCACAGCGAAUGCUAAUCAUGUCGUAUCAUUUUUGCUCUCUAAAGCUAUGAAAAUAUCAAAGAUUACUAAUGAUUUUUCUCAUAAAAUAUUACUAGAUAUUUUCAUAGAAGAUCUCCUUUUAGUCUUACCAUUACCUUCAUGGCCAUCUUCUGAACUUCUUUUAAAACUCAUAGUUACUAAACUUUUAAAUUAUUUGGAAAAUGAUAAAGAAAGUUCACAUAUAAAAGGGCUAUCUCUUGAUUUUUUAGGAAUUAUUGCUUCAAAAAUUCGUCUUUUUUUUAAGAAUUCUACAGACUUUUCAAAUCAUUUAUUUAAAAGUGAUAUUCUUUCUCGCAUUUCUUCAAUUUUACAAGCAGGGAAUUUUUUUUUAGAAAAAUUGGAUGAUUUGAAAGAUUUGUUUAAACUACAUUUAUUAAUUAUUGAAUCUCUUAAUCUCAGAAACAUUGAGGAAUCUAAAGAUCAAAAUAUACUGCAAUAUUUAUGGUUACGAUGGAUAUAUUUCAUUAGAUCUUUGAGACAGAAGUAUACUUUGAAUAAUUCUACUGUUUCUGAUGAUUUUGCUUCUGAAAUUCUUAAAUUAGUAUAUUAUAUAGAUUUUUCAGAUAAUAAAAUGAUUGAGGAUGAUUCUCUUUCUGAUCAAAUUUAUCGAUUAUAUCUUUUAAAUCUAUCUAUUUAUUCUAUAUAUCAGUUAUUUGAUGCGAUUUUAUCUAGAAUCCUACGAUGCCUUGAUAGUAAUCAGAUAUCUAUAAGGACUAAAGCUCUUCGUUCUUUAGGACUAAUUGUAAAUAACGAUUCUUCCAUUCUUUCUAAUAUUGGAGUAAGACAACAUGUUGCUGCACGUAUUGCAGAUAUAUCAUCUCAAGUUCGUGAUGUUGCCAUAGAUCUAGUAGGAAAAUAUGCUAUCUUUCAGAAAGAAAUUGGACAACAAUAUUAUUCAGUUCUUAGUGAACGUAUAGCAGAUACUGGUCUUAGUGUGCGUAAACGCGUGAUUAGAUUUUUAAAAGAUUUUUAUACUAUAUCUGAUACUCAAGAAAUCCAAAUAGAUAUUGGGAGAAGAUUAAUUCAGCGUUUAUGUGACGAUGAAGAUAGUAUUAAAGAUCUUUCUGCAAAAACUAUUGAAGAUAUAUGGUUUUCUGUAUCGGACGAUCAAAAUGAGGGAAACAUAGCAUUAAUAAAAUUUAAAAAGAUUCAAACAGAAAAGAUUUUAGUUCUUCAAAGUAUCAUAGAAACUCUUCGAGAUGAAGAUAGAUUUUCAUUUAAAGUAUUUCUUCAAAAAAUAUCUAAAUCAAAAAAUAUGGAUUCUUCAAAUUUUAUACUUACUUCGUCUAUAAGUUUAAUGUUUGAUAUACUUUUAGAAUAUCAUCAAAAUCAGGAUAUGAAAAUGCUUGAAAAAUGCCUUAAUACUAUUGUAAUUUUUGCCGAAGCAUGUCCGAAAUUAUUUUCUACUGAUCAAUUGAUAAGUAUUCAGCCGUAUUUAAAUGGGUUAAAUUCUCCACAAGAACAAGUUAUAUUUUUUUAUACAGUUAUUAUCUAUCGCAAUGUUUUACCAUAUAUUCCCUCUAUAUCAAAAAAAUUUUUAAAUGAUCUACAAAAGAUGCUCCUUUCUCAAUUAACAAGGCUCCCGGCUAAGAUUCUAAAUGAAGUUGUUCCAUGUCUUUCGGUUUUAGCUAAUUUAUUUGGAGAUUAUGAGCGUGUUGGAAAAAUUAUUUCAUCUUGUAUAAAGGCUAUUGAACCAUAUAAGAUAAUAUUGCAAAAUAAAAAACAAAUUAGUGAUGAUAAAAAGUUAAUUCUACUUUUGCUCCUUCUUGGUUUAUUUGGACGUCAUUGUGAUUUAGAUAAUCAUUUUCAAGAUCUUAAUGUUUUUUUAAAAUUAAAACCAGAUACUUCAAUUGCUAAAUUUUUAAUUAAAACCAUAUCGAUAUUUUGUUCUUUAUCAUCAAAUAUUCAUAUAUCAGUUCAGAAGGUUGCUUUGCAUAGUAUAGGAAUUAUUUGUAUUUCACACUCCAAGUUUUUUCUUUGUGACCAAAACUUAGAAAUUAUGAGUAAUGUUUUUGAAGGCACGUCAAUUGAACUUCAAAAUACUCUUCUUUUGGUAUUUUAUGAUUUUCUUUCUCUUGAAGAAAAAGAGUUUAGAGUUUUUGAAAAAAAUAAUCAUUCAAUAAAAAAUAAAAUCGCUGAUGUAAAUAUCUUAACAGGAGAAAUGAAAAAAUUUGAAAAUGAUGGCACAAGCAUUUCUUUAAUACAAAGAUAUUUGCCUCAAAUUCUUGAAAUGUCUAUGAAUGAAGAUACAGCAUUAUCAAUUACAGCAGUUAAAAUUUUAGAAAUUAUUACUAAUAAUGGUAUCGCAAAUCCUAGAACGUGUAUUCCGACUAUUAUUGCUUUACAAGCUUCUCCUAAUAAAUUCAUUAAAGAUAUGGCUAUGAAAAUACAUCUAGGAAUGCAUGAAAAAUACGAAUCUUUGAUUGAGGGAUGCUAUAUCGAUGGUAUUAAAAUGGCAUUUCAAUAUCAAGUUCGUAUGAAAUGUUUCACUUCAAAUGAUUCUAAUCUUUUAUUUGUUUUUCCGUACAAUAUCAUUAAACAAAAUCGGCAAAGUCGCAAAAAAUUUCUAAUUUCAUUAACGAAAAUGCUAGAUAUUGAUAUGACACAGAUCAGUUUGCAUGAAAAUAUCAUUUUUUCAAGAUUUCUAGUUCAAAAUAUGGCGUCUUUUGAAUAUAGCACAAUUGAAGAAAUACAAUAUAUUAUUUAUAUUGCUGAUAGAAUUCUAUCAACUACAGGAAUUUCUUUGCAUCAACGAAUUGAAAUAGAAGAAUUUAAAUUCCAAGAUCAUGAUAUUAUUAAGAUUGCUAUAGCAUCUGUUCAAAUGUUAGCAUUAGUUUUAUUAAAAAAGUAUUUAAAAGAGAGUUAUGCGCUAACAGAACAAAAAUGUCGUUCCUUUGACCCUAAUAAGACUGGAAAUUCUAAGGAUACUAAACUUUCAAGCAAGCUGCGUGAUGUUCCAUUAAAUUUAGAUUCUAUACCAAAUAUUACUGAUUCCAUGAUAACUAGAGACGUUGCUGAAAAAAUUAUACAAAACUUUUACGAUGUAAUUUCAAAUGACGAUACCAGUUAUACUGAAUUCAUAGAAACGAAUGAACACAAACAAACUGAAGAAAAUGAAACAGAAACUUAUAAUGAUGAUGAUGAAAUAGAUGAAUUGGUAAAAACGAAAAAAAAACAUAAGAAAAAAUUAAAAAGAAAGGGGAAAUCUUUCAGAAAUGGCAUAUCAAAAAAGAAAUAUAAACAAGAUAUUAGUGAUAGUGAUUGAAAUAUUAAUAAUAUUGACCUCAUGUGUUUACAAACAAUUAUAUUAUACAAAUCAGUUUUAAAUCACUGCAUUAUAGAUUGUAUAAUUAUUUAUAAUAAAAUAUUAAUGAAAUUUAUAUGCAAGA